CCUGUAAGCGUCAGAGGCGACCAGUUAAUUGCAACUGGGGAGAGUCGAGGAGCGUGGUGUGCUUUAAACCAAGAGCCCUUCGGUGUUGGUCUGGUCAGCAACCCACUAUGCCGCUUCCUGUUGCGCUGCAGACCCGCUUGGCGAAGAGGGGCAUCCUCAAACAUCUGGAGCCGGAGCCAGAGGAAGAGAUUAUUGCUGAAGACUACGAUGAUGAUCCUGUUGACUAUGAGGCCACCCGGAUAGAGGGUCUGCCACCGAGCUGGUACAAGGUGUUUGACCCUUCUUGCGGACUCCCGUACUAUUGGAAUGUGGAGACAGACCUUGUGUCCUGGCUCUCACCACAUGAUCCUAACUUUGUCGUUACCAAAUCUGCCAAGAAAGUCAGGAACAGUAAUGCAGAUGCUGAGGACAAGUCGGACCGGAAUCUUGAAAAGGUGGACAGAAAUCAUGAGAAGUCAGACCGUAAUCAUGAGAAGCCAGACAGGAGCCACGAGAAGGCAGACCGAAACCACGAGAAGAAUGACAGAGAACGAGAGCGCAACUAUGACAAAGUCGAUAGAGAGAGAGAUCGGGACAGGGAACGAGAGCGGGCAUUUGACAAGGCAGACCGGGAAGAGGGCAAAGACCGACGCCACCAUCGCAGAGAGGAACUGGCUCCUUACCCCAAGAACAAGAAAGUGCUGGGAUUAAAGGUGUGUGCCACCAAGCCUGGCCACUCCACCCUCUUCCUGUACUCUUAAUUCUUUCUUGUCCCCAGGGGUACAUGGUCAACAGGACUCCCCAAGAGGAACGAGGCCAAGACAGGGGCUGACACCACGGCAGCUGGGCCCCUCUUCCAGCAGCGCCCUUACCCUUCCCCGGGCGCUGUGCUCCGCGCCAAUGCAGAAGCCUCCCGAACCAAACAGCAGGACUGACCCCUUGUUCCCUGUAGCUUUGGCAGCUUGUGUUUCUGUGUUUCUUCCUUGUGGCUCUGGGACAGGAGCCAUGGCUUCUACAUGCUGGAUUAUUAUUCCACCAGUGAGCUACACUCCCGGCCCCUUUAGUGUUGUUUAUAAACAACAGGCAAGCCCUUGUUGUUUAAUAAAAGCUUUUUUUUGUGGAACAUA